GCAUGUUAUUUGACAGUACAGGCACUCGAGUGUUCAGAGGUGCACGCGUUUAUGCGAAACCGGUAAUCAAACGGAAAUAUAACAAAUGAAAUACAGUUGAAGCAAAUAAAUAUUUUUAAGUUGUUUCUUGUGAUGCGGUGAAGUUUAUGAUUAUUGCUACUUCAGUAUAUAGGACCCCAGUAUAUAGAACAAAAUGGCAGAAAAAGGAUCCUUAAAACUUGAGAAUGGAAAUGGAAUUGCCAGUGUUGCAGGCAGCACUGUGAAGUUAAAACGGGAACUAGGACUAUUUUCAGCAGUUAAUUUAAUAUUAGGGGUCAUGAUCGGUUCAGGAAUAUUUGUAUCUCCAGCGUCAGCAUUGAAAGAGUCAGGCUCAGUUGCAUUGUGCCUAAUUAUCUGGACGGUGUCCGGAAUUAUAUCUUUAUUAGGAGCAUUAUCAUUCGCAGAAUUAGGAACGGUAGUUAACAAAUCCGGUGCAGAGUAUGCAUACUUCCAAGAAGCAUUUAGCAAAUGUCAUAAAUUUUGGGGGCCUCUCCCAGCAUUUACUUGCGCAUGGAUAUAUGUCAUGAUUUUAAGACCAGCAGAAGUUGCAAUUAUUGUUAUGACAUUUGCUGCGUACGCCAUUCAACCAUUUUCAAUUGAUAUACCGGCUGAAAGUCGAGCUCAAGCCAUUAAGCUGGCAUCCCUGUCAGCUUUAUUUGUGAUGACGUACAUCAACAUAACGAGUGUGAAGCUGUUCGUGAAGGUGCAGAAUGUGUUCGGAGUGUGUAAGGUGUUCGCAUGCCUCGUCGUCAUAGGAGGCGGGAUAUAUGAGAUAGCUAGAGGCAACACCGCGAACCUCAACAAAGGUUUCGAAGGCAGCACGACCAACCCGGGCGGGAUAGCGCUCGCUCUGUAUUCGGGUUUGUGGGCCUAUGACGGUUGGAACAGCGUCACCGUCGUUACGGAGGAGAUCAUCAACCCUGCUGUAAACGUCCCCCUCAGUAUAUCCAUAGCGGUUCCCCUGAUCACAGGCCUCUACGUGUUCAUGAACGUAGCCUACAUGACGGUUCUAAACUUCGAGGACAUGACUAGUGUGCCCGCCGUGGCCGUCGAGUUUGGCAAUCGCGUGCUGGGCCCUGCCAGCUUUUUGAUACCGCUUGGUGUGGCUAUUGCUACGUUCGGAUGUGCUAUGAGUGUUCAAUUCGGUGUGACCAGGGUAUGUUAUACAGCAGCUAAAGGUGGACAUAUGUUAGAAGUAUUUUCGUAUGUAAAUAUGAAAAGACUGACACCAGCUCCAGCGGUAGCUUUUCAGGCACUGCUGACAGCAAUAUUUAUCAGCAUUGGCAACAUCCAAACUCUCAUAGAGUUUGCCAGUUGGUUCCUCUGGUUUUUCUACGGACUCGGAAUGGUAGCACUGCUAGUUCUAAGAAAAACGCAGCCGGAUAAGGAAAGGCCAUACAAAGUACCCACCGUGGUGCCUUGCUUCGUGUUGCUAGUGGCGAUAUUCUUGUCAGUGUUGCCAAUCGUACACGACCCGUCGGUUAAAUAUUUGAUGGCCAUAGGCUUUAUAGUCAUUGGAUUUAUUGUUUACACGCUUUUUGUGUAUUAUAAGAAAACGCCGAAAACUAUUUUAGAUAAAUUGACAUUCCUGACUCAAGUGAUGUUUGAGAGCGUUCCUCCGAACAGCCGCCAAGACUGAUAUUUUCUACAUUUAUUUACACUAAGUAUAUGCCUUUUGAGAUCAAUUUGUAAAUAUUUAAUGCAAGGAAUAUUAUACAAAAUAAAUUAAGUCUAGUAAUAUUACGAUUUCACUGCAUCUGUAAUGAUGAAUACAUAUUUUACAAAAUAAUCA